AUCCGUUAAGGAUCGUAUACUUUGACUACGUAGGCAACUAUGGAGUGAACACCUGUUGCACGAAGCUUUCAAAGCUUUCUUUUGUGGGCUUUAUCUAGUUACAUAAUGGGAGUUUGUUUGUCUGAGUCUGUACUUAGAUCCGCUUAACCCGUGAUAACAUCCCAGAAGAAUUAGUGGUGAAAGUUCUAUAGCCUACCCGAUCGAUCUUGCCAACAUCGCCACUGCCUCUUCAUCUCAGAUUGACGCCUUGUGCCGUGAACUCUGGGGUUUGUCGAACGGGAAGUAAGUGCCAAGAAAUUGGUGGCGUAGGGCCACAUAUAAGGGAUCUACAACAAGAUAACCAUAUGACAUCCCGUCUUUUGGGGGGUUAAUGAUUAAGAGGCUGGAUCGACGCAGCUGAAAAGGAUAACAAGGAAUACUCGGUGGCUUACACGGGAUGUAUGUGAAGCGAUAUCGCAGGUUGAUGAAGCUUGGGUAGACCAAGGGGACACCAGAGAGGGGUAUGCCAUUCCGAGCGAUAAUAGCCUGUGUGAUACUGUUGUUUCCCUUCACAUAGAAACAAUAGGCAAGGACAUCCAGCCCAUCCCACUGUUCCAGACCGUUUAGUCUUUCUACCUUACUAGGUACGAUUGCCAUUCUGCAUUCCAAACUUUUCUCCUAUUUCAAGCAUUCAGAGUCUGCUAUCAUACCUUCUGCUCCCUCGCCUUUGAUGAAAACAUGGACAGCCAGUUGAAUUAUAAUCUCUUCCAGCAGAGCUACUGCCUUUCUGUGGCCGCAAAUAUUGCUUCACAUCAUGAAGGCACAGAAGAAACCCUAGAGAAUGAAAUGAAACAAACCUUGAAUCAGACCCUUCCAACUUUACCAGGAAAAUGGGAAGUUACCUGGGGACCCAGAGUCAUCAAAGAACAGAACAAGCCCGAUUCGCCCAAGGGUGGCCCAGACAACGUAUGGUAUGCAGCCACCGAUGAGACCCAAAAGAUUUGCGUUGUUGCCAUUGCAGGUACAGCACAUAAGUCAUGGGUAGACUGGCUCCAAAACCUUGCUAUCCAAGAGGUUGUCGAUUUCAAUGCUUGGGUCGACCAAUGGUCUUCUGAUGGAAUUCCUAAGCCUCAGACUUCCGAUCCAGACGGAAUCGAUGGUUCUACAGUUGCCUAUUGUGCUAAAGGAACCUGUAUCGGCGCAUGGAACAUCUUGAGCAACUCUAGCACGGUAGACGGCGAAGUUAUGCGCAUUGACCAGUACCUGAGUCGUUUGGAUGAAUCCUAUUCCAUCGUUUUCACCGGCCACAGUCUUGGUGGAGUUCUGGCUCCAACCGUCGCUUUAGGGUUACGUACGGCGGACAUGGUCGGUCCCCACGACGUCAAAGUCCUAGCAUCUGCCGGCGUUUCACCCGGAAACGACAAGCUUGCUGCGAACUACGCUGCAAGUUUCUCAAAAACCCCGGAGUCGGCCGAAAACUACCAGGUAUACAAUACGGACUACUACAACGAGUUUGACAUCGUCCCCCAAGCUUGGUCCAUAAACCUAGAUGACGACCGAAACCUAGGAAAUAUUUUGAGUAGGAUACUUCGGUUAACACCGAGCUUGAAGCCUUGGGCCGAUGCGUUCGUGGGAAUAGCCAAAAAGCUAUCACUAUGGUCGAAAAUACAGUAUACACCUCUUCCAGGUCAAAAGUUCACUGGCCCAACACUUCCCGAGGAAAUUUCAAGUUGGGAUGAUGUGGAAGAAAUUGUGAGCAAACAGCAUACUCAUGCUUAUUGGGAUGAGAUUGGAAUUGCCGAUUUCGCGAACAGGUUUGAAACCAGAUUCAAGUUGUGCGAAGGCGCUGAAGCGGAGUGACAGCUCCAUUAAAACGCGGAACUUGGAGGAAUUAAAGUGUAUUAGUCCUAGGAUGAUCGCACUCUAAGAUCGACAAUGUCAACUAGUUCUCAUAGAUAGAAUAACGCACUCUCUAUUGUCAAAAGGUAAUGUCGUGCAUUUGGAUUGAAUUGAUGAUGUUUUGUUUGAGGCGGGUCUCACGUUUUAAAGUCUCGGCUCGUACCGCUGACGCUUAGCCUAAACCGACG